AUUCUGGUUUUGUACUUAAAUUGUAAUUAAAAUUAUUAAUCUGUUCCUUGUUAAAUGUAGUCUAGAUGAAGUUGUGGACAUUUCAGAAAUAGAUAAACAUUUCUCAGAAUGUUUAGGGCAGGUGUUAGUUAAUAAUUAGGUGAAUUAUUGUUACUGUAUGACUAAUACUGCAGUGUGUAACAGUAUUUGUUUGUUGAAAAAUGUUACUGCGUUGAGCCCCAUACUUCUGUAUAUUGAAGUGCAAAUUCUGAAGUGGAAGUCAAGAAGAGUUCUGCUGCUGACCUCAAAGGAGCCAGGAUGGGACUGGUGAAAACAGAAUAUAAUCGAAUUUUUAUUGUUCGGUUUCUUUGUGUUUGUAGACAAAUUUCUGAUGUACUCUUUGAUUAAUUUCUCUUAAACCUUUCACUGAGAGACCUUGGAAAAAAGUUUUUUAAAAAGCCUGAAGGUGAAUUAUCUUGAAUGUUACAUCUUUCCUUAAUCAUCUCAUAUAUUCUAUUUCUAUGCCGUGGCAUAAUUUCAAACAUUAACCCUCUGGAGGAGGUUGUUAUCUUUCUGUUUCCUCUGAACUCUGUGGUAGUCAUGUUGCCAAGAAUAGGUAAACCAUAUCUCUUGUUUAAAACAAACAAACAAAUUAAACUAACUGAAGUUUUCUGCUAGACUUUUACUCUCUUUGAUUAUGGAUUAUUCAUAUUUCCCAAAAACUUAUUAAACAGAAAAGAGAGAAUAUAAAUAUGGUGAAGCUUGACUUUCUGAAAUAAAACUCAAACCAAGUAAGCCUGCAUCUUAAAUUGCUAAUACCCAGAAUUCAUCCAAAGUCAAAACUUAAGACAAAUUUUCUUUUUGGUGAAAAGGUUCUCUCUUUCUCCCUUUCUUCCUUUCCCCCCUCUCUCUCUUUCCCUCUCUCUUUCCUCUCUGGUUUUGUUAAACACAGUGUCACUGAUCUCAGCAGUGCAGCUUGCACUAACUGAAGGAAUGAUGCAUAUCCAGAAGUUUAACGUUGGUUGCUUGGUGUUUUAUGCCUUGCCUUGCUCUAUGAAAUGGAUCCAUAGUUUUGCAUACUCCUUGGAGGUGUUGCAUGUUUAACCCUUAGGUUUUUAAUAGAUUCUAGGGAUGUUAUGAAAUAUUUGCUUUAUUUGGUUAGGUUGCACUUUUAAGAGGAGGGAACUUUGGUGGAACAGGUAAGAGAGAACAUUGGGCAAGACUGUUACAUCUUGUAGAUACCUGUGCAAGGAACCAGCUUGAUAGAUUGCAGAGAAGUGACAGUAAGUUGGCCCUUAUUUGACUGUGAGAGUUGCAGCCCCUCUGAUUUGGUGGUGCUGGAAAAGUAGCUCUAAAGGAGCAGUGCUCCCUUCUCUGUAUUGUUUCUUUCUGUAACUUUUCUGUAUAGUCGUAAGAUAUCUGGGUAGGAAGAGAGAGAGAGAAAGAAAUAGGUUAGUUUUCCCUGUCUUUUAGCUUGCUGUAUGAACUGAUGCUGUAAAGGGGCAACUCACCUGUGGAUGAUAGCAAAUCUUAGCAGUGAUCAUGUGCAAGCAAUGCAAGAAAGAAAAGCUCUUCAUACUUUACUGGCAAAACAUCAGGAAGAUCUCCCUCCCAGAAGAAUGAAGGACAGCUACUUGGAAGUUAUUCUACCUCUAGGAAGUCAGCCUGAAAUAAGAGAAAAGUACCUGAAUGUACACAACAGUGUAAGAUUUGGAAGGAUCCUUGAAGAUCUCGACAGUUUAGGAGUUCUUAUUUGCUACACUCACACCAAGCAGGAAAUGCAACCAAAGUCUCCCUUAUCCAUAGUCACAGCUCUGGUGGAUAAAAUCAAUUUGUGCAAGAAGAUUAUAUAUCCAGACUGUGACAUCAAAUUCACAGGCAAUGUUUCUUGGGUUGGGAAGACCUCAAUGGAAGUGACGAUGCACAUGCUGCAGCUACAUGAUGGUGAUUACAGCCCUGUGUUAGAUGCAACCUUUGUCAUGGUGGCCCGGGACCCAGAGAAUAAACGGCCAGCAUUUGUUAAUCCACUCGUUCCUGAGAGUCCUGAGGAGGAAGAAAUCUUCAAGCAAGGAGAAUUGAACAAGCUGAGGAGGAUUGAAUUCAGCACUGCUUCCUUACUGAAAAUGGCUCCCACUGCAGAAGAAAGAAACAUUGUGCAUGACAUAUUCCUUCAUACUUUGGACACAAAGACAGUAAGUUUCCGGAGUCGUAAAUUACCGCCCAAUUCAGUGUGGAUGGAAGAUACAAAGCUAAAAGGCCUACAGAUUUGCCAUCCUCAGGAACGGAACAUCUUCAAUAGAAUCUUUGGGGGUUUUCUCAUGAGAAAGGCAUUUGAACUGGGAUGGGCAACUGCUUGCAGCUAUGGGGGUUCCAGACCCUUUAUUGUAUCUGUUGAUGAUAUCAUGUUUCAGAAGCCAGUUGAGAUUGGAUCCUUAUUACUGCUUUCUGCACAGGUCUCUUACACAGAAAAAAACUACAUCCAGAUUCGAGUGCACAGUGAAGUUUAUGAUGCAAAUACCAGGGAGCACCAUACUACCAAUAUCUUCCAUUUUACAUUUAUAUCAGAAAAUGAGGUCCCACGGGUUGUACCUAAUACAUAUGGAGAGUCCAUGUUGUAUUUAGAUGGGAAGCGACACUUCGAUGCAGUCAUGAAAGAAAUCUGACAGGCACUGGGUGCUGCAUCAGCAGUGUAGCAGCACUGUCUUGGAAAGAAUGGCUAAAGGACAGGUGCUUGCAAUACUCAAAAAACCCCCCAACAACCACCCAAAACGAAACCAAACCAUAACAAACCCAAACUCCGCAACAAACCCUGCCUUUUUAGUGCUCUUUAUGUAUUUGCAUAUAUUUGGAUUUUUUAUUGUUUGCUACUAGAAUUUGUUGAAAUCUACUUUUACAUGCCAAUGCUACAAAAAAAGGCUGAAAAAUACAGUUUUGGCUUUAGAUAGCUUCUGUUUUUCUACUUUGAGAGAUCUCAUUACAACCUUUGCCGUCUUGUCACCGUCGCCUUUGUUCCCUUAGUAGCUCUCCUUUGUGUUUCCCUGAUAAUGGAUAGAAGUUCUGUCAGAAAAAUGUGUGCAAUAAGUAGAUGCACCCAGGUGGAGCAAUUUGAGCUACAUUCUUGUUUGAAUUAGCUUUAAGGUCAUCAUUUUUUUUUAACAGGGACACAUGUAUCUAGGCAGCAGCAUAGGCUCAGAAGUUACUACUGUGUGCACAAUGUAAAGCAGGUGUUUCCCAUCAGUGGAGAUUUUACAAGGUUAUUGCAGCUUCUGUUUUGGAUGGAUUCACAUUCCCUUGGGAGGAAACUGAUUUUUGCAAUGAAAUGAGGUGGACAGGUGGUAUCUUCUGGCAUUCUGUUCGUGUACAGCCAGUCCUUGCCAGCCUCUUCUAACUUUUGUUAGUUUUAAUAUAUAAUAGUAAGUCAGUUCCUUAGUGAUUUAUUUCUCAUGUCCUGGAGACUAGAGAUCUGAUUGGUAGGAUUGGGUGGGACUGGGAAAUGGCAUUGUAGAACAGAACAUUUUGGUUUAUUAAGGAUCAGGAACAAAAAAGGUAAAAUGCUGCUCAAAUGAUAAUGGCAAUGUUUGAUGCUGGAGUUAGGGGUCUAAAGAAUCUUUGUUGAGCAGCUGCUGAAUGGUGGGAGGAUCUUUAACCCACUGAGGGGUGGUACAGCUAGAGGACAGCCUCCCCCUCAGCUGGAUUAUUUACCUGGUUCCUUGGGGGACUGAAAUGCAGUAUGAGUAUUGCAUAGGUUGGCAAGUUUACCUGUGAAGGACAGAGUACUCUCCUACCACAGAGGGGACUCUAUGGUGGACAUAACUAUGGCAACAGGAAGUAAUAGGAAGAAAGUAAUGGAUACUGAAGUGCUUCUGAUGUAAUGUAGAAAGUUUUAAUAAUCUUGAGUAUCUGGUAGAUACAGCUCAACAUCUUGAAAUCAGGAAGGUGAGGGGAUGGGAGGCAUCAACUUUUAGCAGUGAAUAUAAUUAUCACAAGCACAAAACUAGACCUCUGAUACCUUCACAUCAAGACUGAUAUCCUGUUUGAUCAAGACACACAAAGAGGAGUUUGGCUCAGUGGUAGUUAAAUGGAUGACAUGUGAUGCCUUAUGAUACACAAAAACAGACUCUGACUUUAGAUAACAGGUUGAUAAAAUAAAGCAUCAUGUUAUGCUUUUGUUUCUGAGUAAGAAAAUCUGAGAAAUUCAUAAUUAGGACCAGUUUCCUUUGGUGCUAGGAUGGCAUGAAGUUCCUGGCUCCUGACAGCUGAUUGCUGUUCCUGUCAGGGUGAGCAUUGUAAUAACCAGCAAGUUGCACAUCAGCCUUUUCUUUCUAAGACUUGGCUGCUGUUACUGAGGAGUGGGAUCAACAGCUUUCCAGUGGAGGCACAGGGGUGUUGCCUGUUCAGAUCAAUGCAUUGCCAUGAUAGUAACUUCUUGGUUCCUUCUGUAGGGUUUCUCUCUUCAGCCAUACUCCAGUGCUGACCCAGCUGUAUGAUUUUAUAAUCUUUUUCUUUAACGGUUUUGAUGCUGUGGAGAUAUGUUGUAUUUUAUGGGCUUCUGCCUUUUAAAACUCUUUGGAAACUCAAUAUACUUGACUGACUACACAAAUAAAAAACUGAAAUUCUGUCUCAGCUUCUUCCCCCCUCACUGCAGGGAUCAAUGUUCACUGUUAAAAAAUAAAUGGGAAGGUGGCACGUGGAGGGAUCUAUUUCAGAACUGUGUAUUACUCCUGACUAGCUGCAGGUUUUUAUUAUUGACCCAGUGGUCCUAUUUGGGUUGCUUUUUUAUAACACUUGUAAGUUAAGGGGAUACAAAGUUCUUCCUCUACUGCCUUUUCAGCUGCAUUUAAAAAAAAAAUAAUUAUCAUAAUUUCUGAAUUCAGCCUUUGGGAAGGGAUGGGAGAGGAGAAAAGGUAAUAGAGUAGGGAGGAAGGCAUGACAUCAGAACCUCUGGACACAGUGAAGAAGAUGAAUCCUUCAAAUUACGAUGCUUAGAAAAAGUGUGUUAUCAAACUUCAUGAUAAUCACAUGCCACAAUGACAGCAUUUACAGAAAUGUAUGUACAGACAUACUGAAUGUGUGUGUAUAUAUAUACACAUAUGUAAAAGAUACUAUAUGUCUUUCUGUUUAUUACUAUAUAUAUGAGCUCAUGCAUUUUUUACUCUGAGAAGGUAACUCCAAGUUGUCACCUCUCUGGUGAUAGGCUACAUGUGUCUUUGUUCAAGGGUAUGCAUGCUGCUUUAUACCUUUGUGUGUGAGAGAAAAUUGUUCUCAGAUCUCAGAAUUAAAAUAUUUUAACAUAGUAAUUAAUGUUGGGUUUAUGUUGCAACUUAAUGUCCAACCCGUCACUGCUGUAGGUGACUAACCAUUACCACAGAAGCCUAAAGGAAUUGGUAGAUAAUCUUUGUAUUUAUAGUAAGCCUAUCUAUAUAACUGACUGUGGCUCUGUAGUGGGAAGUUAAUGUUUCUGUGGCCAUCAUGUCUUGGAAUGCCAUCAGGAGGGGGAGCAGGAUUGCCUCCCCCCGCUCGCUUAAUGGUGAUAUAAAAGGAGAUUUCUGUGGGACUGGCUGAACUCAGUGCCCAAGAAAGCGCUUUCUUUUAAAUGUUUUUAUUUUUCUGUGGCUAAAAAAUAAUAUUAAAAUUAUUACUCAAA